GUCUGGAGGAUAUUCCUGUUCUGAAUACCGAGAGAAGUUUCCGGAUCGUCCUGCACAGAACAGUUUGGCUGGAGAACAUCGGAGACACCAGGUAGAGUCACUGGAUGAGGCUUCUGAGAAGAAGAAGGAGACACUGAGGAAUGUUCUGCAGAAACAUCUGACAAAGAGAGAGGAGACGGAGGAAAGAGUCCAGAGUCUGCAGGAACACAGGAGGAAAGUAGAAGAAGAAGCAGCUGGUGACACCGAGAGAGUCACUGUCCUGUUUAGAGAUCUCAGGAGACGUCUGGAAGAUCUGGAGAAGAGAGUCCUGAGGGAAAUCUCAGAGCGGGCAGAGCGGUUCUCCAUCUCCAUCUGGAAAUAAAGAAGGAGGAGCUGUCCAGGAAGAUACGUCACAUUGAGGAGCUGUGUAACAUGACGGAUCCUCAGGAAUCAGACACAGGUGACUUGUGUGAUACUCAGGAUGGAGAUAUAUUACUGGAUGAAAACACAGCUAGUAAAUAUCUACAGAUAUCAGAUGACAGGAAAACUGUAUCCAUGGUAGAUACAGACGAGAGUUACCCAGAAAUACCAGAGAAAUUUAAUUGUCCUCAGGUGUUGAGCAGUCAGAGUUUCUCCUCAGGGAGACAUUACUGGGAAGUGGAUGUCGGGGGAUCAGAUGAAUGGACAGUCGGAAUGUGUUACCCCAGUAUAGAGAGGAAAGGAUGGGAGGCGGCAGGGAUCGGGUGGAAUAAUAAGUCCUGGGCAUUGUUGAGGUCUGAAGAUCAGAAUUUUGUGAACCAUGACUGUGAUAAGACCCCCUUACCCACCAAUCUCUCCAGUAACAGAGUCAGGAUAGUUCUGGAUUAUGAGGCCGGGCGGAUCUCCUUUUAUGAUCUGUGUGACCCGAUCCGACACCUCCACACCUUCACCACCACCUUCACUGAGCCCCUCCAUGCUGGGAUAUGUGUAGUGAAAGGUACUAUAAAGAUAUGUGGGGGGAAGGGGGAGAUGUGAGAGCUCCGCCCACAGUCUGGUGAUAUCAGACAAAGGAGGGGAAUUCAUUUAAUAUUCAUCCAAUAGUAUAUAGAAGUGGGAGAAAAGUUUUCUACAAUAAAUAAAUGUGAGAUUUCUUACUGAUCGCUGUGAUUGGGUAGAAUAUCUGUCCAAUUACUGGAGUAACAACAACAUGUUCCUAUUGGUCAGUAAGGAUGGGUGUGGUCUAUCUAUCAAUCUAUCAAUCUAUCAAUCUAUCUAUCUAUCUAUCUAUCUAUCUAUCUAUCUAUCUAUCUAUCUAUCUAUCUAUCUAUCUAUCUAUCCCGUGAAAAUCUGACAUAAUACUUUCUGUGUUUUGUAACAAUAUGUGACAUCAGUCAACUCCUCCCCCUGCCCCUCCUUCUCCUAACCCUCCCCUCCUCUCUUCCCCUCCCCCACAUGUGGUCCCUCUGUAUAGGGGGCAGUCAUGAUCAGACAUAGGGGGGUGGGGUGCUGUCACUAUGAUGGGAUAGGAUGGGGUCACCUCUCCUCUCUGCCCCUCCCCCUCCUCCUCCAUACAAUCUAUACUACAAAGAGAUGGAAAUGAAUGGAACAAUCAGAGAGGAAAUCUAUGAAGACAUCAUCUAGAGAUUUAUUACUGGAUAUAUGAUCAGAGAGCCCAGACUGUUUUUAGGCAGAGUGGGUUAGGAUUAGAUCCCCUGUCAGGUUUUUUCCUCUAUCCGGGGCUUCAUUAGAGAGAUUUCCCCUCACUUCCUGUCCCGGUGACAACAUUUAUCUAGACAGGAAAUGAGGAGAACUCUCCAACAGGAACACAGACUGAAAUAAGAAUGAUAUGUUUAGUAUAGUAAGGAAGGGGAAGGGUUAGAGCCCCUGUCAUAUUUUUAUAUGUCUGUGUCCCUGUACAGAUUUCUCUCACUCCUUAUAUUGUUGUCACCAGGACAGGAAGUAAGAGGAAAUCUCUCUAAAGGCUGGGAUCACGUUGCUGUGCAGAUCACACGUCAUUGUCAGUGUGAUGUGAAUUUAGCCGUACAAACUGUGUGACUGAAAUCACAUUCACACCAAAAUGGUGCCGGACCCUUUUUUUUGGUCCUCACUGGAAUCGGAUCACACUGGGUGUGACACAUCUAUACAAUCCGAUUCCUGCGCCAUUUCGGCGUUUGCACUGCGAUCUGCGAUCCGACCUGGGGGUGUCAUAAACUUUAUAUUGACAUCCGCAGCGGUUCUCAGAUUGAUUGAGCUGUGAUGUCAUAGUAUAGAAAUGGCUGCCGAGGGACCCAAUGUGGAAAGUAUAGAUAGAGGUGUACUGGCCCUUUAAGAACAAAUCUAUCUAUCUAUCUAUCUAUCUAUCUAUCUAUCUAUCUAUCUAUCUAUCUAUCUAUCUAUCUAUCUAUCUAUCUAUCUAUCUAUCUAUCUAUCUAUCUAUCUAUCGGAUUAUAAUGUGUAGAUGUCUCAUUCCUGAUUAAAAAAUACAUUUACAAUGACUUUAAUUUUAUUGUGUGAAGAAAUUUAAAUGAAUAAUAGAUCUACAAAUUACAGUAAUAUAAAGAGAUGAAAAUUGAUGGAAACAUAUGAAGAAAUUAUCCCGAGAUUUACUAAUGAAAAUAAUAAUGGGAUUUAUCACUUAUACAAUGAUAUCACUAUAAUAAUGUAUGAUUACUAGAACAUAGAAUGGAUCACCAAUAGAAUUCUAUGGAAUCACUUUUAUAAUGGACCCUAAUAUAAUGUAUCAUGUGAUGGUGUGUCUUAUAAUCAAUAGAUGUGUCCUGGUGAUGGAGGAGAAUUUGGAAAUUGAAUGUUAAUUCAAAAUAAAGAUUCUUUAUGAAAUCAUUA